AUGGCGACCACUGUCAAAGGUGUGUUUGUGAUGAACCAACGAAAUAUGUUCAUUUCCCUUGCUCAUCGCCUCUACAGAUGUGUGAAGGAUGGGAAGCCCUGUGUGUUCCUUGAAGCAAAGCCAAGGCCUAAGAGAGCGAAGAACUCCAAACUCCGUGUCGAGGAAAUGGAAGAGAAGCUUGAAACUCUCGCCGCUCUGCUUGCAACUGUACAAGGAGAAAGAGUAAACACCCCGACUGCCGAAGCACCUUUGAGCGAGACAGCAGUAGCAUCAGUUGAGAACUCGUCUUCACUGGGUUCAUUAACAAACAGUGCCCAAUGCAAGGAAAGCCAGCCAACGUCCCAUUUUCCAUCCAGCAUUCCCUAUCACUGUCCAAUAGUCAACUUCCCAGAUUUCUCGUUCGACGUUGUUCAUGAUUCUAUAUCUAAAAACAUCAUUACCUUUACUAAAGCAGAGGCUUACUUGAAUGCUUUCAGGGAGCACUCGUUCCCUUGGGUUCGUCUACCAGAGCAAAAGUCUCUUGAAACGUUGCGAAGAGAACGACCUUUCCUCCUCCAAUCUGUGCUGACCUUUGCUGCAUAUGAAGAGGUACGACUUCAACGCUCACUAGAAACCGAAUUGAAAAGUACGUUGAUGAAAAAGAUCUUGGUUGAGGGUGAGAAGUCUCUUGAUCUAUUGCAGGGAUUGCUUGUGUAUCUAGCUUGGUACCAUUUCCACUUUAAUGUAGUUCAGGAGCAGAUGUACCAGCUUUGCCAGAUGGCCGUUGCAAUGAUGGUCGAUUUAGGAAUCAACAAGCCAAAUUCAUCGACCAACUCAUUGGAUGCACAAGCAUAUCAUGACAGCCCAUCUCUGUCUGCUUCUUCCGAGAAUCUCGAAAGGCGUAGGACCUAUCUUGGUUGCUACUACAUCGUCGCAUCUUUAUGUCAUGGUUUAAGAAAGCCCUCAAACAUUGGAUUCACAAAUUACACUGAAAAUUGUUGUCAGACCAUCGCUCAAUUUGAAGAGUACGAUUCAGACCAUAUAAUUCCUUAUUUCGUCCGUCUACAGAAAUUUGCCGGUGAUGUCAAUCAUACGUUUGAUUACGGUGGCGAAAGUAAUCUACCAGAACUCGAUACCUUUCGCAUCAAGAUGCUUUCUCAAGUUCUCAACGACCAACUCACUCAGCUGCAAGGCACAUUUCCUCCCAAAGUUUGGGAUAAUGCUGCGAUAAGGAUGACUUAUUAUUCUUACCGGAUAUACGUAAAUGAGAUUGGCUUUCACGCAAAACGGGCCAGUUGGAGUACCGCAGCCACCAUCGUAUCAGAUCAUCCGUCGUGGUAUUUCUCAGCGACAAGAGGUGAAUCCCUUCGUUGCGCGUUACGCGCGGCCAAAGAGUACCUAGAUUGCUUUCUCGAGUUGACCAUAGAUCAACUUCGCAGCUUCAUAGUCUCUGACUGGGUACGCCUCGUAUAUGCUAUGCUCAUACUUGGCGCAUUCAUGGGCCGCCUUGACGCGCCUACCUUCAACAUCAUAGAAGGCCGCGCUCUCGCGAAUGUCAAAAGUUAUCUCCAUUGUUUGAUUACUAAACUGGAUUGUCUGGCUAUCAGCCCAUCAGGAGAAGACCGAAAUCCGUACCUUUCCCACAUAACUUCUCUUUUUUAUUUCUACCAGUCUCGAUUUCAGCUUUCUGAGACCUGGUUAGAGGAUGAGGGGGGAAACUGUUCAGCUCGAGACUUUUCUUUCACGGACAUAAUGCCACUAAUCGUGAAGAAAUGUCUAGACUGGGAAUUAGAGCCGAAGGAAACUGUCCCUGAGCAGGAUUCCCCAGAGGAAUGGGAGAAGAUAAUCACUAGCUGGCCUGAAACUUUGGAUCCGAACAGUAUAUCGAUCAACUCUACAGGCUGGUUAACUUAA